GUGCCUGAAAAUAUUGUUUACAAAAUUGACAAAAUGGAAAAUUCGGUGAAAAGUUGUGUGUGAUUGUCGCGAAUUAUCGCAAUAAAAAGCUUUAAUAAAACAAUUAAAUUAAAUUUUUAUUCGUUUAAAUAGCAAGUUAGUGUAAUUAAGUAAAAGUUUAUUAUUGAAACGUACCUAGAGCGUAGAUUUUUCACUUUUCAAAGUAGGACAGCAAUGACAUUGACUAAGUAGUUCGUGAGAAAAAAAAGCUUUAUAUUCAAUUUGUUGGAAAAGUGGUUAACGCUUAUUGGGAAAAUUAAAAUUCCGUCGUUUUGAUGUUAAUAUACAUGGCUUUUGGAUAUUAGUGAUUUAGUUAAACGCUUUGCCACACAUUUUCAACCAAACAAAAGAUUUAAUCAGAAAAAAAUUUUCCUGCAAAAAGAAAAACUAGAAAGAAAAUUUGGCCCACUUACACACAUAUGUACGUGGUAACAGGAAAACUCUUUCGCUUGUGAUGGUGGUAGUGCGCGUGUAAAUAGGAAGCUCAUGCAUAUAUUUAUAUGGUGUUGGUAAAUAAGACUGGAUUUUCUUUAUGACAGCAAAACAAUUUUCCAAUGCCGAUUGUAUGGGUGACUUGAAUAUUGGUGGUCACAGUUUUGUUUUAAUGCUUACAUGAACGAAAAAAACAGCGUUGCUUAUGAAAACACAUCAUCGUCAUACAACAACUGCACAGAAAAUAUCAAAAUUUUUCGAUGAUGUUCUGAAGCUGUAGGCGUCUAUCCCCAUGACGUCACAAGCAGUAUACUGUCUUAGCCUUCAGAUUCGGCCUACAUCCGAAGAAAACUCCGAUACAACUUCGAACGAAACUUCUCGAAAUGCAUCUGUGUGUUCAUCAGAUAAACAAGCAAAAGAAUCUCUGGACGGGACAUCACAAAAAACCAUGGUUCCUAUUCAACAGCAGCAGUCACAGCCACAAAUCGCCACCACCCAAUCGCUCACUCAGCAUCACAAUAAUAUAAUAUUGGUUCGCGGCUCUCGCAACGAAAAUGGACAGAUAAUUUUGCAGAACAGCCACGAACUGUUGAAUCUGCUGAAUGAUGAAGACAAACCGAUUCUGUUGCAGCACCCUCGAUUUAAAACAUCGAAACAGCAGUCAGAGGGUGCUAUUCUGUUGCAACCAACGAUUAAGGGCAGCCACAUUGAUGGACCGGUCUUGUUACAAUCAACAAAUGUAAAGAAAAGUACUACAUUGCCGGAAGGAUCAAUUAUUGUUCAACAACGAUUAAACAAAAAUGGCACAGCCGAUGGUCCAAUAUUGCUUCAAACAUUGAAACGAUUAGAUAAGUCACAAUCAAUUUUAGUAUUCAGAAAUGCAAAUAGUUCGACAGCGACAGCUAGUUUAACAUCGAAUACAACUACCAGCCGCAUCAAACAUUUUACUGAUGAUGCUGAAGAAAAGAAAUCUGAGCCAAUACCGGUACCGAAAGCAAUUAAUAUCCCUCUGGGAAGUGAUGGUGAACCAAUCUCUUUGGCGGACAACUUGGAAAGUUUACCACGUGCUGACCAUUUUCCCACGCAACGACAUCGUUGGAAUACAAAUGAGGAAAUAGCAGCGAUUUUAAUCAGCUUCGAUAAACAUUCUGAAUGGCAGUCAAAGGAAGUUCGGACGAGACCGAAAAGUGGAUCAAUGUUAUUGUACUCCAGAAAGAAAGUGCGAUAUCGGCGUGAUGGAUAUUGCUGGAAGAAACGAAAGGAUGGAAAAACUACACGUGAAGAUCAUAUGAAAUUGAAAGUACAAGGCACAGAGUGUAUCUACGGUUGUUAUGUGCAUAGUGCAAUUCUUCCAACAUUUCAUCGCAGAUGUUACUGGCUAUUACAGAAUCCGGACAUCGUUCUCGUCCAUUACCUAAAUGUCCCAUAUCCCGAUGAUAAUAAAAUGGCUGUUAUAACUCCAAGCUUAGCGUUGUGGGGUGAUAAGAAGGAAUGGACGAAGGAGGAAUUGGUCAGUCAGUUAAAACCGAUGUUUUUUAGUGAAGACGAACCGGAUGCCAAUAAUGAAAUUGAAAUUUCGAAAUUUCAAACGGCUGAGACUGUCGAAGCAAUUGUUAGUCAAUUGAUGGAAAAGCAAAGACUAGCUCGACAGGCAGCACUGGUUAAGCAACUAGAAUGUGGUUGCCCGGAUUCGACUUGUGCCGACGGUAAAUCGUGUUCGCACCCAAUGCGACGUAUUACGGCAAAAACCACAAACGAGAAGCGCCAAGAAAAUAAUAAUCAAGUAUCCAGCACUACACCGAAUGUUUUGAUUGGUUCACGGCUAUAUUCAAGAUGGGUUGAUCGUCGUGGCCGAGACCAGUUAACUGAAAUUACAAAUCCUUCCACAGCCAAUGGUCCUAUACAUUUCCAAGUCAUUCCUACUUCUUCUCAAACACAUACCAUUUCUAAUCAACUUAUAACUAGAACUAAUUCAAAUAUGACUAAUUCAAAUAAUUCUUCAAUUAAUCCCACCAAUAAUCACCAAUUAUCGAAUACAACCAAUUCAACUAAUCACAUAAAUAUAUCGAAUCGUAAUCAUACCGGUGGAAGUGGAAAUAAUCAAAUGACCAUCAAUACCAGCCACAAUCAAAAUAUCUCAAACAACAAUGGUAAUGGCCAGAUGUCGGCCGUUGUAUCUCAUUCCAAUCAAAUUAGUCUCACCUGCAGUAGUAAUAGUAAUUUCAAUAUAACAAACAACGAUGGUCAUAUUUCGAUGACGACAACAGCGUCUAAUCAAAAUCAACAGCAGCAUCAACAGUCGAUAAUUGAUAGUGGUAAUGUUGUCAAUCAUCGUUCAAAUGUAAUUAGUGGCAACAAUAAUCGAAUGGGCAGUACACCGAUUGUAACAUCAGCUCCUCCAUUGGUAUUAAGUUUGUCACAGAUCCAAGGAACAAAUGGAAGUCUUCUUAUCCUCAACGGUCAACAACAGUCUUUCGUUUGUCAGACGCAACAGAAUCAUCAAUUACAACAACAAAAUUCGCAACAACGAAAACAAAAAGACGAUAACAAAAUGUUAUCCCAAUCCUCCAUCACUCCGAACUUGAUUCCGAAGCAAGAAAUAAUGGAGUCAUCGUCGUCCAUGUCAUCGGCUAAGAUGGAUCAUAAUUAUGAAAACAUGAGCUAUUCAUCUACGCAACAAAAUACUCCGAUUCCGAGUCCAGCAAAAUCCAAUGCCAAUCCAGGUAAUAGAUCCAAAGACAUGCACGACACCAUGCCAUUUUUCAACGAAACGCUCGAAUUAUCUCAAGAAGAUAUUCAGAAAACGCUAAGCGCUAAUAUGCCACUCGGCGGUCACAAUGUUGAGACAAUCGGCGGUGAAAUUAAUCCGAUGGAUUUCAUAAAUAAUUAUGAUGUCGGUAGCGUCGGUAAGUACCCAGAGCUCAACCGAUGUGGAAGGCUAUUAGAAAGCAAUCAUUUUGAAGGUGCUGGUCCGUCUGUCAACGAUGACGAUGUAUUUGUGAACCUCGACGCAUUCGAUAUGUUCGUUGAGUUUCCCGAUUUGGUUGAACUGGAUUCGAAAAACCAUUUCCUUUCGGCGUCUGAAACAACCGAACAGAAUAGCGGCGACAAAGUGUCGAAUGAAAAUUCCAAUUGUACGAAUGUACAGAAUAAUGAAUCUCAUCAGGAAAUAUGUAACAUUUCCGACUACAGUCCGGAAUGGGCAUACACGGAGGGAGGUGUUAAGGUUCUUGUGACCGGACCAUGGGAUUCGAAUUCCAAUUAUACAGUGCUGUUUGAUGCAUUCCCUGUUCCUACUACCAUUGUACAAUGUGGUGUUCUUCGUUGCUACUGUCCAGCACACGAAGUCGGCUUAGCGACACUACAAGUGGCUUGUGAUGGAUAUGUGAUAUCGAAUUCGGUGAUUUUCGAAUAUAAACUGCCGCCAAACGUUGAGACUGCUUGUGAAGGAUCUGCUAAUGAUAGUUUGUAUAAGUUAAGCUUGUAUAAUAGACUAGAGUCCAUUGACGAACGAUUGCAAAUUAAGACGGAACCAAAGGAUGCGUCGGACGAUACUCUCCAGUUGAAUCAACCGAAUUUUGAGGAGCGGCUGGUUAAUUACUGUCAAAUGCUUACAUCGAAGCAAUGGCGAUCGAUGACACCCGGCUCGUGGACAUCCGGCUACAAAGGGAUGACAUUACUGCAUUUGGCAUCGGCUCUUGGAUACGCCAAAUUAGUUGGUACGAUGUUAACAUGGCGAGCGGAUAAUCCCAGUAUCAUACUGGAAACGGAAAUCGAUGCGUUGAGUCAAGACAACAUGGGAUACACUCCAUUGAUGUGGUCGUGUGCCCGGGGUCACCAAGAGACGGCAACAAUUUUGUAUAAAUGGAACUACGACGCACUGAACAUUAAAAAUCGCUCACAGCAGACACCUGUUGAAGUGGCUAAAAUAAAUGGUUUCAAAGGUCUUGCAAUCGAAUUGGAGCGUUUAGAUUUACAUCGAAAUCAAUCUAAUCAAUCACUUUCUUAUCACUUAAAUUCUAUUAACAAAUCCAAUUUAACCAAUCAAUCUCUACAAAAUCAUAAUUAUGCCUACAAUUCCUCUAAUUCACGUUGUACAAAAUCGAUAAAUGCAGCAACAAACAGCAUACUAUACACGCAAUCAUACUCAAGCGCCUCAUCGCCAACAUCCAAUAAGGAUAACAACAACGAACUGUGUAGCAAUAACGGAAAUAAUAAUGGCAUCGAUGCGGAAUCAUCGCUAUGUUCAUCGCCACUGUCAAUGGGGUCGGUAACGUCACUAAACAGUAAUCGAAGUCAUGAUGGUGUAUUUUUACGACCUGGCGCUGUGUCAAGCAGUCAGAGCCCACCAGCUGCCAGACUAACAAAGCGACCAUCGGUCGACAGUGGAAUUAAUAUGGAUGUACGAACGGCUUCACGCAGUGGAAAAAUUAUACGAGAACAGCAGCUCAAAUUAACGAGAUUCGAUCGCAGCAUGUCCUUACCUGUGUCGAAUUCCCCCAUAUCCUUUGCAACUUCCGAUACCAUCGACACAUUUUCAAUAUCAAUUGAUUCGGCAAUGGAAGGAUCUAGCUUCAAUAGUACUGCGAAUACUUCAAUUAGCAACAUUUCGCUUCUGUCGCCGUUGAGGAAAAUGGAUUUUGCCCUGUGCGAAGUAUCGGCAGAAAAUUCAAGUCCCAUAAUGGAUCAACCAUCGAUCUCCGAUGACGAAGAUAGCCGUCAUCCGGAUAAUGAUAUGACGGAGGGAGGGGUUGUAGGGGAAUCCGAUGCGAAAGUAUUAACGUUAGCCGAACAAAUCAUUGCGGCUAUGCCUGAACGCAUCAAAAACGAAUCGGUCGAAAUGAUGUCAUUGGGCAGUCCAAUAUCGGAGUCGCUAAAUGUGGACACACCCAGUAUCAGUGUUUUGAACGAUACAUUCAUGGAGCCUCUGCUUGAUUCACUACCCAGCAGCAAUUUCGAUCAAGAAUUCAAUUCUGAAUUCAAUUUCGAAUUCAGUGAUCACAAUUACCGUUAUCAUGACGUCGGAACACCGUGCUCCAGUCUAAGUCCAGCUAGUUCUGGUCCACUGCAAAGUCCAGCUAGCUACUCGGUUCAACCAGAUCCACCGAUGAGUUCGCCGAGCCCACCGCCAACAACGGAAGAUUUUACCGAAUUUUUACAGGCAUCUAGUGCAAUGCUGAAACCGUUUGAAGCGGAUUUUUCGAAUCUAACUUUAAGUGAUCUCGAGCAGCGAGAGCUGUAUGAAGCCGCUAAAUGCAUCCAAAAGGCUUAUCGGUCAUACAAAGGCCGAAAAAAAUUAGAAGAACAAGACAAAGAACGGUCAGCUGCUAUUAUCAUUCAAAACUAUUAUCGACGUUACAAACAAUAUGCAUAUUAUCGCCAAAUGACGCAUGCUGCACUUGUCAUCCAAAACGGAUACCGAUCGUACUGUGAGAAUAAAAGAUUCAAAAAAUCGCAAAAUCAAAGCUCUUCCACUGUAACCACUCAAGAUUCACAGUUUACAAAUUACUACAAACAUUAUCAGCAUGAGCAACAUCAACCGAAUUCCGGUACAACAUCGAAAGAGCCCAGUCCAUCCGGCCCAUUAAAGAGAACCUACUCGCAACGAACACAGAAUCAAGCAGCGAGAAAAAUUCAGCAAUUCAUGAGACAAUCGAAAAUGAAUUUAUGGGAUGAACAUAUGAGAACUUUGACUGCAGAGAGAGCGAGCCGAAAAAGAGAAGCUGGUCCGCCAACGCCGAGCGGAGUACCUCCAAAACUUGUAUCACGGUCCACCCGGGCCUCAGUACAAAGAUCCAAGUGAGAAUACGACUUCAGACACUCAACCAUCAAUUCAAUUUUGGAAUGUCUAAGAAAAUUUUAAUUUUAUUUUCGUAGAAAGUAAAAAGUUUUUUUUUUAAAUAAAAUAUUUUCAGUUCAAAAUGAGAAUCAAUUUUAGUGAGGGAUAAAACAAAAUAAUUGAAAAUAGUCAAAGCAACAUUUAAAAAUGCAACACCAUUUUAAAGAUAGUAAUUUUUUAUCGUAGAUAUUCAAUAUUUAAACAUAAAAAAACAAAAACAAAUUCUAUUUACUUAAAUGCAUAAAGAAAAAAAAA